GGGCCAGACUCGCAUGACAUGACAUGUCGAGUCGCCGGUUCGUCUAUUCUGCCACACAUGCAGGCACGUUGUCUGACUGUGCUUCUCCGUUUGGCCUUGAGUGAAGUCUACUGGGAUUCUUCAAUCUUAUAAUAUGGCGGAAGUGGGAUCGCAAUGGGAUUGGUGUUGUGCAAAGCCGACCCCGACGCAGGAAUCCAGGGAGACCUGGCCCUGAUCGGGCUGGCCGUCAUGGGUCAGAACCUCAUCCUCAACAUGGACGAUCAUGGAUACACGGUUGUGGCCUAUAACCGGACCGUGGAAAAGGUCGAUGCCUUCCUCGACAACGAAGCAAAGGGCACUAAGGUCGUCGGGGCGAAAUCCCUUAAGGACAUGGUCUCCAAGCUCAAGAAGCCCAGGAAGGUCAUGAUGCUCGUCAAAGCUGGAACAGCAGUGGACAGCUUCAUUGAGCAACUGUUGCCCUUGUUGGAGAAGGGAGACAUUAUUAUCGAUGGAGGAAACUCUGAGUAUCAGGAUACUCAAAGGAGAUGCAAGGAGCUGGAGAAGAAAGGAAUCCUUUAUGUGGGCACAGGGGUGUCUGGGGGUGAAGAAGGUGCCAGGUAUGGUCCUUCUCUCAUGCCUGGAGGCCAUCCUGAUGCUUGGCCUCACAUCAAGUCCAUCUUCCAGGACAUCUCGGCAAAAGCAGACGGUGAGCCAUGCUGCGAUUGGGUCGGUGAAGAUGGAGCGGGACAUUUUGUGAAGAUGGUACAUAAUGGGAUUGAGUAUGGAGAUAUGCAACUCAUCUGUGAAGCAUAUCAUCUUAUGAGGGAUGCUCUUGGAAUGGAUCCUGACUCCAUGAGCAAGGUAUUUGAAGAAUGGAACAAAGGUGAACUGGACUCCUUCCUCAUUGAGAUCACAGAAAAAAUACUCAAAUUCAGAGAUGAGGAUGGGAAACACCUGGUGGAAAAGAUCCGAGAUGCAGCGGGGCAGAAGGGCACAGGAAAGUGGACUGCAGUUGCUGCUUUGGAGUAUGGGAUACCAGUGACUCUAAUUGGAGAGAGUGUCUUUGCUCGAUGCCUCUCGGCAUUAAAGGAAGAACGUGUUAAUGCAUCCAAACUCCUCAAGGGACCUGAUGCCACCUUCACAGAGAAUACCCAGGAAUAUGUGGAACAUAUCAGAAAGGCUCUCUAUGCCAGCAAGAUAGUGUCAUAUGCUCAAGGAUUCAUGCUUUUGCGGGAGGCUGCCAAAGUUUAUAAGUGGAAUUUGAAUUUUGGUGGAAUUGCUCUUAUGUGGAGAGGUGGAUGUAUCAUUCGGAGCGUCUUCUUAGGGAACAUCAAGCGUGCAUUUGACAACAAUCCUGAGUUGUCAAACCUGCUCUUGGAUGACUUCUUUCGUGCAGCCAUUGAAUCAUGUCAAAACUCAUGGAGGAAGGUUAUUUCAUUGGCAGUUACCAUGGGAAUACCUACUCCUGCAUUCAGCACUGCAUUGGCCUUCUUUGAUGGUUUCCGUUCUGAGAGGCUCCCAGCAAAUCUCAUCCAGGCCCAGCGAGAUUACUUUGGAGCACACACAUAUGAGCUGCUGAGUGAUCCAGGGAAGUUUGUUCAUACAAACUGGACAGGAAAAGGAGGGAGAACAGCUGCAACAACUUAUCAGGCCUGAACACCUCAAGCCUCUAUGAAGAGAAUCCCCUUUUCCUGUGAUACUCCUCAGCUUCUGUUCCAUUCAAUUGUGUGUACUCUUUGCUGUCUUGUCGAUUGAGAUAUGCAAUUUAAGCUUUUUUUUAUUUAUGUAGUUUAUAUCUGCAGAAAUACUUGCCUCCCAGUAAAAAAAAUCACUUGAGCUUGAAGAUUAUCAAAAUAUAUUUCAAAUCCUGGC